AUGCGGGGGCUGGUGGCGCUGCUGGCGGCGCUGAGCUGCGCGGCCCCGGCGGGGCGGGCGGCGGCUCCCGGGGGUGCCCUCAGCUCCAACGCCAUCAAGGGACCCCCCCCGGGGGGGGCGGCCGAGGCCAGCGCCGCCCCCGCACCCUCUUUCGACGGCAGCAACAAGGCCCCGCCGGCCGCCACCCGGCAGCCUUUCCCGUGCGCCGAGGACGAGGACUGCGGCCCCGAGGAGUUCUGCGGGGGUGCGGCCCGCGGCGGGGGGGCCCCGCUGUGCCUCGGCUGCCGGCGGCGCCGCAAGCGCUGCCUGCGCGAUGCCAUGUGCUGCCCCGGCAUGACCUGCAGCAACGGUCUCUGCACGCCCCUGGAGCCGCCGCACGGAGCGGCCGAGCUGGAGGAGCCGGGCACUGAGGCGCUGCCCCGACGGACGCCAGCUCCCGCCUGGCUCCCCACUGCCAAAGGCCAGGAGGGUGACAUCUGCCUGCGCUCGUCGGACUGCGCGGCCGGGCUGUGCUGCGCCCGCCACUUCUGGUCCAAGAUCUGCAAGCCGGUGCUGCGGGAGGGGCAGGUGUGCACCCGGCACCGGCGGAAAGGCGCCCACGGCCUGGAGAUCUUCCAGCGCUGCCCGUGUGCCGAGGGGCUGGCGUGUCGCCUGCAGCGAGAGCACGGCCCCGCCGACGCGUCCCGCCUGCACACGUGCCAGCGGCACUGAGCCGGCACGGACGGACGGACGGACGGACAGACUCCGGCCCCGCCGGAGCGAAGGUUGUUUCUCAAGGGAACUACUCCGAAGCGACUUGUUGCAGUACGUUACUGUGUUGUGAAUACUCGAGCUGGCACUUAGCUGUACAUAACGCCGGGACUUGCCGAUGACUUCUCACCGGUUCUGUGUUUCUCUGAGGGUGCUGCCCGGCGCUCUUCAAGCCGUGACUGUGACUUUGUACACACUGGGUUUUUCAUUCUGGCUCGAAGGGAUGCCGCCGUCUGGUGCGAGCGAAUAAACUCUUUAAAUCCACCCUGCGCUGCCUCCACGUCCCUGCCCGUGGGGCUGCCCCGAGGGAGGGAGGAUGUGCCGGGGAAAGAGAGGCAGGGGCGGGGGGUCCGUCCCCAGCGUCCGUGGGAAAGGCUGAUGCCUCGGCACUGUUUAUCCAGCCGCUUUUUAGGAAUUCCGUGGUCGCCACUGAUGCCCUCUGGCCACCAAACCGAGGAGAGGGAGCGCGGCUGGGGCUCUGGGAGGAGCAGCCGGCAGCAGAAUCCCCUCCCUGGUUUUGGGAGGGAGGAGGGAGUGAGGGAGCACCGGAGGGGCUGUGCCGGACCGACCACGGCUGCUGCCGAUCGCGCCCGCUCGCUCCAUGCACAAUAAAGAUCGAUUUUCCCCCUUCA